AUGAGUAUCCUAAGCUGGAACUGCCGGGGUUUGGGCGGCACCCGGACAGUUCGCGAACUCUUGGGCAUGGUGUCCAAGCAGCGGCCCUCGUUCGUUUUCUUAAUGGAUACGAAAUCGGAUGAUGUUAAGGUGGAAGAAGUGAGAGUGCAGUUGGGGUGGGAAGGGGCUUUUGGUGUGGAUCGGGUGGGUCAAGGUGGGGGUUUAGCUCUGUUUUGGAGGGAUGCUGAUGUUGUUACAUUAUUAAGCUUUUCGUUGGAGACAAGAUCGUCACUACCUUGGAUUGUGGUGGGCGACUUCAAUGACAUUACAAGCUUAUCGGAGAAGAGAGGUGCUCAUUCACACCCGGAAUCACUCAUCGAAGGAUUUAAUGAUGCCUUGAGUGGUUGCAGGCUAAAUGAUCUAGGAAUGAUUGGUGGUCGGUUCACCUGGGAGCGCGGCCAUGGAACUGAUGCUUGGGUUGAAGAAAGGCUCGAUAGAGCAGUGGCAACGGUGGAGUGGACUGAAUUGCAUGAAGAGGUGAUCGUUCAGAAUCUGCAUACAUUGUCAUCUGAUCACACCGCCAUCUUUGUGGAUCUGGAAACGAGGCCGGUGCGUACAGCUCUGCGUAAGUUCAGCAACCAGGCUCUGUUCCAACGUGUACAAAAACGGGUGACUGAUGAGAUGAAUAUCCCUAUGUUACAACCGUUCACGUUAGCAGAUGUGAAAGCGGUAUUGUUUGCUAUAGCACCAGAUAAGGCAUCGGGCCCAGAUGGCAUGUCCCCGGCCUUCUACCAACAUUUUUGGCUGGUCCUGGGACAUGAUCUGGCAAUGUUUAUUUUGAAUUGUAUGGCAAACAAAGAGUUUCCACCGGGACUGAAUAUUUCAAAUAUUGUCUUACUCCCAAAGAAGAAAAUUCCCGUAAAGGUGUCUGAUUUACGUCCGAUAGCACUUUGUAAUGUUGCUUACAAAGUGUUUGCCAAGAUGAUGGCUAACAGGCUAAAAGAAACCUUGGGGGUGAUAGUGUCACAAUCCCAAAGCGCUUUUGUCCCUGAGCGGUUGCUAACCGACAAUAUUAUUAUAGCGGGGGAACUUGGUCACUACCUUAGGAGAAAGACGAGUGGGGUUAUGGGGUGGACAGCAUUAAAGCUGGACAUGGCCAAGGCCUACGACAGGAUGGAAUGGGGGUAUCUAGAAGGCAUGUUGGGUGCUCUUGGCUAUGCACAAGAGUGGAUUCAGGCCAUUAUGCUAUGUGUCUCAACCGUUAACUACACUAUUCAGGUUAAUGGGGAGGCCAUUGGCUCGGUGUGUCCCACUCGGGGUAUUCGCCAAGGAGACCCUUUAUCCCCGUACCUCUUUAUCUUGUGUGCUGAAGGUUUAUCAUUGCUGUUACAGCAGGCGGAGGCACGUGGUGAUAUACAUGGGUUAAGGGUGGCCCGGGGAGCCCCGGCGAUCACCCACCUAUUUUUUGCUGACGACAGCCUGUUAUUUUUCAGGGCCACACAGAAUGAAGCGUUAAAAGUCAAAGAAUGUUUACAGUUAUACAGCGAGGCAUCGGGUCAACAAAUCAAUUUUGACAAGUCCAAUGCUGUCUUCAGUCUCAAUACACUACCAGAGACGCGGGAGUUGAUAUCAAAUUGUAUCGGUGUUCAUGUGGCGAAGGAUCUCGGCCGUUAUUUAGGCCUACCAUCGAAUGUGGGCCGGAACAAAAUAGCUAUUUUCAGGUAUGUUGAGGAAAAAAUACGGGACAGGAUAGGAAUGUGGCAACAUAAGCUAUUGUCAAGGGCAGGUUUUGGUGGGGCGGUGGAGGUAAUGGAUCUCGGGGAAUUCAUUGGUUAUGUUGGUCUCGGUUAUGUGUACCGAAGAUGCUGGGGGGGACUAGGAUUCAAGAAGUUGCAUGAAUUCAACUUAGCGUUACUUGCUAAGCAGGGGUGGCGACUGCUAAUAAAUCCGGGAUCUUUAGUGAGCAAACUGUUAAAGGCAAAAUACUAUCCGACUACUAAUUUUUUGGAGGCGAAAACUGGGAAUAAUCCAAGCUAUUUGUGGCGUAGCAUUAUUGCCGGCCAAGAGGUGUUAAGGAGGGGGGUGGCACGGCGUAUUGGUGAUGGUGGAAAUACGAAAAUAUGGGAAUGGGGUUGGCUAUCGGAUAAUGCUAAUCCCAAUCUUCACACGCCUUACGUUGAAGAGCUGAGUGAGGCCCGGGUGAGUGGUCUAAUGAUGAGCGAUGGAAACUGGGAUGUCGAUAUACUCACGAAUAUCUUUGAGGAGGCCGAUGUACAGCGAAUUUUAGCAACUCCUGUCAACCGCCUCUUUCCGGACUCGUGGAGGUGGAUCGGUGAUUUACGCGGGCAGUAUACUGUGAAACACGGUUACAAAAUGUUGAUGAUGGUGGACAGUCACGGGAAUGAGGUGCAGAAUUUUAAGGCGUGGAAGCUUUUGUGGUUGUUACCAGUCCCAGCUAAAAUUAAAAACCUGCUAUGGAGAUGUGCUAGGGGGGUAUUGCCAACACGCGAGAAGCUUAGAAUGAGGCAAGUGUGGAUAGGGGGUGGUUGUCCUAUGUGUGGUUUUCCAGCAGAAACUCAAGGCCACCUCUUUGCCGAAUGCUGGUUUGCUACGGAACUAUGGGGCCAAACUGAUUUGCUGCAGGGACGAACAUGGACCGAAUUCAUGGAGGCUUGUAUCACCAGUUCGGACGUGAAGAUGGCGGUAAGGUUGGCUGUCAUUGUGGAGGUGAUCCGGUCAUCCCGCAACGAGUGUGUCUGGAGGAGUGUAUCGCCGUCGAUCAUGUCUAUGCACAGUAAGGCUCAGGCGUUGCAGAUUGUCUGGGAGGAAAAUUUUGGCACCCAAGUCAGUGAGAGGAGGAGUGCCAACAAUACGCCUUGGAGUCCACCGCCGCGGGGCCGGUUAAAGUGCAAUGUCGACGCCGCUAUUUCCCCGAGUGGUGUGGGCUUCGGCGCUAUUCUACGAGACCAUUCUGGGUGA